AUGGGGAGGGAGGAGCGAGGCGGCGGCGAGGAGGCGGCGCCGUCGGGGAACCUGGUGGUGGAGGACGAGGUGGAGGAGUUCUUUGCGAUCCUCCGCAGGAUGCAGGCCGCCUCGAGGCAGCUUUCCGGCGUUGGAGCGGCGGCUCCUAGCGGCCGUAUCCCGCCGGUCGGCGCCAGACAGCAGGCGCCGGAGGAGGAGAAGAGGAGCCUUCGCAGAUGGCUGCCGGCCUUCGAGUGGGAGGACUUCGUCGAAGAGGGCGAUCGAAAGAUCGCCGGUGUCGGCGUAUCAGGAGAGAUGUCGUCGGCGACGUCGGCGCCGACUUCGGCGAGGGUUGAGGAGGAGGAGCAAGAGGAGGAGGAGCAGAGGGGGGCGCAGCGCGGUAUCUCCGUGUUCCUCGACCUGAACGCCGAUCCAGAAUAA